UGUGGCUUUAACCUAGCGCGAAUUUUCUUCCGAGGGUCUCAAGUUGGUCCAGUGACUGACACCUCUACACGGCAGUUUUUACAGUCACUGGAAAAGCCAUGCAGCGCUAAAAUACCAUUCCAUGAGGAUCAGAGAGUCGGCUGCUGUGUCACAUAAUUGAAGUCAAGAAAUGGCGGACGGUGGAGAGCUAAUGGACGGCGACCUGGAAGAUGGAGAGAUCUCCGGGUCCGGCUCGGAUACCGAGAUGGGAACCGCUGCAGCAGCACUAACUCGACCCCAGGUUCCUCCAGCUUUUAGCGGCCAGUCCUUCCAAAACAGAGCCGCUGCCCAGCCCCCCGCCGCCGCCUACCGCAGCGCUGGUAGGACGGUGGAGUCCAGUGACAGUGACCCGGACUCGUCGGACGAGGAGGCGGCUGUGUGGCGCAAGAAGCGCCAAAAAGUGUCAAACGCUCCUCAGCCGCCUGCCUUCACCACCCAGCCGGGGCCGACCCGCAUGCCCGCCCCCGGUGCACUGGGAAGCCGCAAGGUGAACAACAUCUGGGGCUCUGUGGUCCAGGAGCAGUGCCAGGAUGCCGUGGCUGCAGAGCUUGGCAUAUUUGGCAUGGAGGGUGAAAUCAGCAUGUCCAGCAGGAACGUGGAGACUUACAACUAUGUCCUGGCACGUAAGAUAAUGGAGAAGGAGAGGGAGCUGGAGAGGCAGGAUAAUGAAGGAGAAGUGAAUAUGUUGGACACCCAGCUGGAGGAGUACAUGAAGAGCAAGGAUGCAGGGGAGAGGGCAGGAGGGGAUGCCAAGAGGAAGAGGUCAGCUAAAGAGAGACUGGGCCCCAGGGCGGAGAUGGACAUCAAGGGCAGGUAUGAGAUCACAGAGGACGACCCGGAGGAUAAGGUGGCGGAUGAGAUCGCGCACAGGCUGCAGGAGCCCAAAGCAGACCUGAUAGAGCGCGUUGUUAAAGUCAUCGGGAAGAAGAAAGCCAUAGAGCUGCUCGGCGAGACCGCCACGCUGGAGGAAAGCGGCGGCGUGUACACCAUGGACGGCAGCAGGCGACGAACACCCGGCGGGGUGUACCUCAACCUGCUGAAGAACACACCCAGCAUCAGCAGGAACCAGUGCAAGAAGAUUUUCCUCGAGGAGCAACAGAAGGAGAACAAGAGCAAGAAAGCCGCCCAGAAGAGGAGGCGGCACGUGGUGGCCAAGAAGAUGAAGCAGGCCAUCGGCACGCUGAACCUGCACGAGCACGACGACGUCUCCAGGGAGACUUUCGCCAGCGACACCAACGAGGCCUUGGAGUCGCUGGAGGAGGCUGCAGAGGAGGAAGAGGAGGGUCAGGAGGAAGCUGCGGUGGGCAUUGAGGAGACACCAGUGGUCUACAACUCUGCAGACCUGGAGGUCUUCUGAGGGCUCUCCGCUGUUUGAACUCUGGGAUGUUUAACCAGGAUCGGACGUUUUGUAUUGAAAGAUGAAUCACUUAAAACACUGUAUGAGUAGUCUCUGCCGAGUACAGAAUCAAACCUGAGUGUCCUCUUUCUGUUGUUGUUUUUUUUUUUUUUUUUAGCAAUUAAAGGAGAUCUUAUGUUGACUGAAAUAAUGUUGAAAACGUGCUCAAGUUCUCGCAGUUCAUUGGAGUAAAAGUGAAGCACUCUUGUUGAUUUUCAAACCUAGUAACUUUCUUUGUCAUAACUUUCGUCGUGAGAUAACAAGGUCUUGAUUUGUUGAGUUGAUUUUUUGUGACUGUGUCUGGAAUAUCAAUAAAGGUGACUCGGGUAAACUGACUUAAACAGUAACUGGUUUGCACAGUGUGCUUCAGUGCUGCACACUGUAAGAGAAUAGUCAUCGCUGGUGUAUUUUAGCGUUGUGAGAACAGAUUCAGUUCCUGAUAUCCAAGCAGUUUCAGUAGGUCUGGAUUGUUCGGCUCCUGGAGUAUCAGGUUUUUUUUUACACAGUAGAUGGGCCUCAAGAGCGGAAAACUUAAAGCUACCGUAGAGCAGAAGUUUGUCCACCAGAUGGCGGAAUCAUUAUUGUCACAGAAAUGAGUGAUCCCAUCCCAAGUAAAAGGGUACAAAUAGGAGUUUUAGGGAAAACUAUACCAAAGGACGCAUGUGAUGGACAAUGCUAUUUCCAAUAUUUACUGUAAUCUGAAAAAAUAAAUACUGACCCUGGAGUUAGGGUUAGAAGUAAGAAAGAUAAUAAACCCACAUAAGAAAUACAGAAAAAGCAAUAAAUAAAGUUCAGGACUGAGUCAAUUAAAUAUUGUCUAUAGAUAGCAGCAGGUACAGUUGUAUGGCUUUGACUGAUCAUAUAAUAGAAAGCAGCACAGUUCAGCAUCAGGGGCAGCAGACUGUGUGCUGGUAAUGGAAAAACAUAUCAGGAAAAAACGUCUGUUGCUCUGCAUUAAAGGAACAGGUCACCCCAAAAUGAAAAUGCACUCACUAUCUCCUCACUUCCCAUGCUGACGGAAAGUCGGGUGAAUUUUUAUAGUCCAAACAUUUUCUGGCGCUUCAAAGCAAACCAGCGCUGCACCUUAACAACUGAAGUAGAUGGGGACUUGUUGAGUGAAUUUUCAUUUCUGGGUGAGCUUAUCCUUUAACCACACGCCAAAGAAAUCGUUUUUAGAGGAGUAACCGGUGCACCGAUCCAGCUGCAGUUAAAUUCACUUUUUUAGAAUAUCUUUUGGCCUUUUUUAUUGACUGUUUGAACCUUUUCAGGUUUCCAGGUUCAAAACUGGUGUACUGGAUACCUUAUUUCCCUCUACAGCUUGUUUAUUCAGUUAUGGGGAAAAAAAUACUCCUGAUCUUGUAUUAUUACCUCAUAAAUGUUGUAGAUAUAAAAAUGCUGAGUUUACAUUUCUUCUUCAGAACUACAUAGCGCCCCUUUAACACCAACCAGAGAUGAGUAUUAUUUUGAAGGCAGACUGGUGGUGAUGAGGUCUCUCACCACUCACACACUGUAGACAGCAGGAGACUCUCCUCCCACCCCUGUCCACAACUCACAUUUGUAUUGAUCAAAUCUA